CUGAAGGUGUACUUUCCAUCAUGGAAGUAAGGUUAUGAUUACUGUUUAUAAAAAUAUAUAAAUUAGUAGAAAUUUAUAAACUUUAAAAUGCCACCUAAAGCAAAAGCAGCGGCUCCCAGUAAAAAGACUGAACAGAAAAAAAAGGAGAAAGUCAUAGAGGAUAAAACCUUUGGGCUUAAAAACAAAAAAGGAGCCAAGCAACAAAAGUUUAUACAGCAAGUAGAAAAACAAAUUAAAAGUGGAGGAGUGCCAGCAAGAAAGUUAGAAGAUCCUAAGAAAAAAGAUGUCAAAAGUCAAGAUCAGAAAGAAAUGGCAAUGCUGUUUAGGCCUGUGCAGAAAGUUGAAAAGGGUGCUGAUCCUAAAUCAGUAGUUUGUGCAUUUUUCAAACUUGGUCAAUGUACAAAAGGUGCUAAAUGUAAGUUUUCUCAUGACCUUGCGGUUGAAAGGAAAGGUGAAAAGAGAAGCAUUUAUGUAGAUAUGAGAGAUGAUGAUGAAGAGAACGCACUUGAAAAUGGUGGAAAAGAAAUCAUUGAAAAGUUUGAAGGCGAUAAGAACAGACCAACAACUGAUAUUGUCUGUAAAUAUUUCUUGGAUGCUGUUGAGCAUAAUAAGUACGGUUGGUUUUGGAAUUGUCCGAAUGGAGAAAACUGUAUUUACAGGCAUGCUCUGCCAAAAGGUUAUGUUCUUAAAAAGGAUAGAAAGAAAGAUAAGAAAGAAGAAAUUUCUCUUGAAGAUUUAAUUGAAAAAGAAAGAGCAGCUCUUGCGUCUGUGAAAUUUACGAAAAUUACUUUAGAAUCUUUCCUUGAUUGGAAAAAAAGGAAAAUAAGGGAGAAGGCAGAAACUGCUAAAAAAGAUGAAGAGAAGAAAAGGCAAGAUUAUAAAGCAGGAAGGGCCGCUGGUCUUUCUGGUAGGGAAAUGUUCUCAUUUAAUCCAGAAUUGGCUUCUGGUGACAUGAUGGAAGAUGGAGAUGAAGCUUUCAAUUCUUAUCAAAUGAAUGAGGACGAAGAAGCAGGGAAUCUUCAAUAUCGAGAAAUAGAGUUAGACAGGUUGGGUUUUGAAGCUACAGAAGUAGAAGAAGGAACUAUAACUGAAGCUCCUGCUGAUCGCCUUUCCCACCACGUCGAGAAUCUUAUCCACAAAGCACAAGAUGACGAAGGAGCUGGGGUUGUCUUUAAUGAAAACUUGUUCGUGGAAGAUGAUCUGGAGGAAAUAGAGCAAGAAUUAGAUGAAUUAGACCUGGAAGAUGGUUCCUAACAUGAAUAAAAAUACUUGUCUUGUUACAUUUUAGAGGAAAUUUAUUUUGAUUGAAGAUUGUUUAUUCUUUGCUGCUGAUCUGUAGGGAAAGCAAUACUCAUUAUUUAUUACAAAUACCCAAUACUUAUCAUCACAGUCUAAAAUUCCUUGUUUUAAUCUUAAAGUAAAUUUUGAUUUAACUACCUGCUGUAUUUUGUCCCUACUUUUUAAAACUCUUAUCUAGCCAUUCUAUAACAUAAGUCUUUUUUUUUGUUUUUUUCAUUUAAGUUUGUAUAAAUUUCUUUUAAAAUAAAGUUGUCUUUAAUAAUUGAAUCUUCUUUACCACUACAAAACAAUAUCUUAAGUGUACAUACUACUAAUCCUAUGAUUUUUUUUUCUUAAUUAAAGAUUAUCAUUUUAUUCCACGCAUAUAUAUCUUUUAAAAUUGAUCUAUUGCUUUAGUUAAAUGUCAAAUAAUUGAACUUUUACAAAUGUUAACUCAAUAGAAUUGCUGUUUGUUAUUAAAUGAUUUAAAUACAGAUCAGAGUGAAUGAGAUUUAUUAGUUUCACGUAUUUGACCUUUCACUAUAUUAAAUUUCUCCUCUAACUUUGCCCACAGGUCGCAAUUAUAACACCAUGAUGUUUAAAAUCUUUAUGUUUUAGAGCUGUUAUGUUCAAAAUCUAAAAUGUAACAAGAACUAUAAAAAAUACCUUCUUUUUAGUUUUAUAUUGAAUCGAUUACUUUAAAUAAAUUUUAACCAAUAUAUAUGUAUCACCUUCCGAUUUGUGAAGUAUCUUUGAAUUCACUGAAUUGGUUAGAAAUUAUAUUCCUCUGUCUCCAUGCUAGUGGCCAUAUAUUUUUUUUUAUCUAUAAAACCUACCAGCAACAAUUGAAUGACAUUUAAAACUGAAGUUCUUGAGAUUAUUAUUAUGCAUUGAUUUUUUUUGUUUUUGGAUGUCUGUGAUACAAUUUGGUUUAAUAUGUGCUAAUUUAUUGUUUCAUUAUGUGCACUACUAGUUUUCUAAUAGAUACUAAUUAUAAUAUUUAUCAAUAGAGGAAAUAUAUAUUUUCAGAAAUUACUACAAAAUUUAAGAAAGUGUACAAAACAAUAUAAAAAUUCAAUAUAGCAGAAAUUGUCCUGCUUUAAAUAACCAUAUAGCACUCAUCCAGUGGGACAGUGACAUAAUUAAAAUUAUUAUAUAAAUUAAAUAAUUUUUAUAGUUGAUUGUACCAGUGUAAAAUUUUUUUAACCAUUCAAAUUUUGCUUACAUUAUACCAUGGUAUUGGUUCAGAUCUUUCUGACAACUUAAUAGUCCAUGGAACAGACCCCUUUUUAUCAAAUUAUUAACAUCCGCUGGAAAUUUCGUAAAUAACUUCAUCUCAUCGUAAUCCACAACUAUUUUGUUUACAAAAACUCUUGGAAUUCUGAUGUUUUCAAUCUGGAGGUCGGCAAACUUUGUAUAUUUAAUUAGGUACUAAAAACUCGUAAAUACCCAUUUGCUUUCCACUUGGAUUGUAAGAUAAUUUGAUCACAAAAUUGAUAAAAAAAGGUUGUCUACAAAAAUAUUGGACCGUUUGGCCUAUAUAACCUCGUUAUAUUGACGACAAUUUGGGAGUGUUGGUCACGCCAAAUGUCUCAAUAUUUUUGAAGGCCACCUUUCUUCUCGACUUUGUGCUGAAAUUAUCUUACGAUUCAAGUGGAAAGCAAAUGGACAUUUACGAGGUUUUAGUAUCUAAUUAAAUAGACAAAGUUUGCCGAUCUCCAAAUUGAAAAUGCCCCAAUCCCGAGAAUUUUCAUAACUAAAAUAUUUGUAGAUUACGAUGAGAUGAAGGUAUUUACGAAGUUUCAGGCAGAUUUUGAUAAUGUGAUAAAAAGGGGUCUAUACCAUCGACUAUAAUGGAUAAAACAUUUAUCCAAAAUUUUAAAGUUGUGUCUUUGAUCCACUGGAUGAGCAAGAUCAUUAAUAAUCGGGCGGUGUGUAUUAAACAUAUAAUAAAAUACUCAUAAAUCAUUUCAGGCAUUAAAAAAAGGUAUUUUAAAAUAAAAUACAUUAUUAAAAUGCCACCUAUUUUGUUUUUAAAAUAUACUUACUUACUUCUCAGCGCAGUAGUCCGUGUGGGACCUUGGCCUUCUCAACAAUAUGUGGCCACUCGUCUCAGUCCAAUGCAACAGCCCUCCACUUCCUUACACCAAGGUAUCUCAAAUCUGCCUCAAUAUUCUCCAGCCAAUGGAGUAGUGGCCUUCCUCUCCUCCAGGUCGCCCAUAUAAUAUUUUCCUUGACACUCAGUCCGCUGUCAUCCUUUUCACAUGUCCUAACCAUCUUAUGCGUCCUGCCUUAACGACACUAAUGAGAUCUGUGUCCCUGUAAAGUUGUCGCAACUCACAAUUGUAUCGGGACCUCCAAACACAUUCUUCGCAUACAGGCCCGUAAAUCCUGAGAAUCUUGCGCUUCCACACUCCAAGAGCCCUCUCAUGUUUUGCUGAGAUAACCCACGUCUCGCUUCGUUUAUUUGUAGACCUCGAGCUGCUGCAGCGGUCUCAAAUUCCUUUAAUGCACCUACCAGCGCUGGGAGCAUCUUUGCCACAAUCUCUACGUCAUCUGCGUACGCCAUGUGUUGUGUGAAGCGGUCAAAGAUGGUAUCUCCUGGGUUGGUUCUUAUGGCCCUUGUCGCCUUAUCCUAGGUCAUGUUAAAAAGGGGAGUAACCUUUUUAAAAUAUAGUGUUUACAUUACAAAGUAUUUAAAUGGUUUUCAGAAAAUUCUAAAAGUAUUUUAAUCACAAAAAAACAAAAUACCUUCUGGUGGGCGAUCAGGAUAUAAUACGAAUAACCUACUAUAUUUGAUGAUUAAUUCUAUUUCUUUAAAAUUAAAAUAAAAUACUCUUUUUGUAUUAGUAUCUUUGAAAUAAAAUACAAUUUUUUUUUUUAUAUUUUAAAAUCAAAGUACAUUUACAAACAAUCUAUUUUGUAUUUUACUUCUUAAAAUUCAAAAUACAGAAAAUUAUUUUAUUUUGUAUUUUAAAAUAUUUUAUUUAAAAUACUGCCCAUCUGAAUCAUGUUUGAAGAGGCCAAAAUGUCAUGCAAAAAUAUAACUAUAAGAAAAAUUAAUCAUAAAUAAAUCUGUGGAACAUAUUUUAAUUAUAAAGGAGGAACUUAGUUUGUUUUAUAUAUUUGUAAUCAAAUUAUAUGAAAAUAAUUUUAAUGACUCUACUCAUCACUAAUUAUACUUUGAAAUUUUUUAUAGACACUGUAUUUAAUCAUUGAUCAGAUUUCAUUGAUGAAGUAUUUGAGAUCCACCUCACUCUACCAUUCACUUUAAAUCUAUUUUGUUGAAUUUUAUUUAAAGUGACUAGUUCUUAAAGAUUGGAAAAAAGUAAUGCAGUGUAAAUAAGUUUUAAAAUUUUAUCAUUAUUUACGAUGGUGAGAAGUUAUAAAAGGAAAACGGAAAGGGGAAAUCAGUACACCUCCGACGCAUUACAAAGUGCAGUAGUUCAAGUAAAAGCAGGGAAAAUGAAAGCUUACAAAGCGGCUAAAAUCUAUAAGAUUCCACUGAAUACUCUUUUAGACCAUGUAAGAGGCAGAAGAGGAUCGAAGUCAAAAACUCAGAGUAGAUCCACUGCUUUAUCAGACUCUGAUGAACAUGACAUUGCUCUCGGCCUCGUAGAAAUGGAGCGCUUUGGGUUUGCUUUAUCUAGAAGUGAAAUAUUGUCCUUGGUAGGCGAAUAUGUCAAGAGUAACGAUAUAAAAACACCUUUCAAGGACUCAAUACCCAACUUUGAUUGGCUUUAUAGUUUUAUGAAAAGGCACAACCUGUCACUGAAAAAAACAAAAAGUAACGGAGUAGACAGAGAAAACAGCGUGGAUCCGUUUGUUGUUCAUUCUUAUUUUGGAAAACUAAGGGAGUCCAUUCAACACCUGGG